AUGUAUGGAUGCCAGUCAAAAACGAACAUAGUUGCUGGACGUGUGAUUGUUGCAACAAACAGUUCAUCUAGCCAAUCACAUCCUGCAACUACAUCGACCGAGUGGAAUCGAUGUAUGCUCUGCCUUGCGAUAGCUCGAGCAAUAUCGAAGACGACCCUGCACGAAGAUUAUUGCUCCAAGAUUAACGGUGGUGGGAGCAUUCACGGCCUGUCUUGGAAGUACCGAGUGUUUCCUCCAAAUUCCCUACAUAUGACUGUCGGCGGCACCAAAUGGCCAAGUAAUGACGACGACUCCAAAGUCAUGAGAGGUACGUGUGGCACAAAACAUACAGAUGUUACACAAGGGACAAAUCAGGAACAACAACUCAUCGGCUAUGCGAGCGAGGAUCGUACGACCAGACGAAGAAACUACCCAGAGCAGUGGAAAGCAGGCGAAAUGGGGGCAAAGACGAUGGACACGGUCGACUCAGUGAGGCGUUCUUCAGGCCGUGCUUGA